AUGAUAGACACCUACAAGCACCUUACAGCCAUAGGCUACAAUUGGGAAGACCAGAAUAUUGAAGAACAGUGUCAAAGUUCGAGAAGUUAUGUAAGGCAUAAAAGGAAUCAGAGUGGAGAGAAACCAUGCAAAUAUAAUCAAUGUGGUAAAGGCUUUUUGCAACACAGUAAACUCCACCUACAUAGAAAAACACAUGCUGGAGAGAAACCCUAUGAAUGGAAUGAGGGUGAGAAAAUCUUUUCCCAACAUGGAAAUCUCCAAAUGCAUAAAAGAACACAUACAGGAGCGAAACCAUACCAAUGUAAUCAAAGUGAUAAAGCCUUUGUAUGUUGCAGUGAUCUCCGAAAGCAUAAAAGAACACAUACUGGAGAGAAACCCUACAAAUGUAAUGAGUGUGGUAAAGCCUUUUCACACCACAGUAAUCUCCAGGUGCAUAAAAGAACACAUACUGGAGAAAAACCCUACAAAUGCAUUCAGUGCGGGAAAGCCUUUUCAAACACUCGUAUUCUCCAGGUGCACAAAGGAACACAUACUGGAGAGAAACCCUAUGGAUGUAAUCAGUGUGGUAAAGCUUUUUCACAACCUAGUGGUCUCCAUGUGCAUAAAAGAACACAUACUGGAGAGAAACCCUACAAAUGUAAUCAGUGUGGUAAAGCCUUUUCUCAACCUAGUGGUUUCCAUGUGCAUAAAAGAACACAUACUGGAGAGAAACCCUACAAAUGUAAUCAGUGUAGGAAAGUCUUUUCACAACCCAGUAGUCUCAAAAAGCAUAAAAGAACACAUACUGGAGAGAAACCCUACAAAUGUAAUCAGUGUGGGAAAGCCUUUUCACAACCCAGUAGUCUCCAAAGGCAUAAAAGAACACAUACUGGAGAGAAACCUUACAAAUGUAAUGAGUGUGGUAAAGCCUUUUCACACCACAGUAAUCUCCAGGUGCAUAAAAGAACACAUACUGGAGAGAAACCCUACAAAUGCAUUCAGUGCGGGAAAGCCUUUUCAAACACUAGUAUUCUCCAGGUGCACAAAGGAACACAUACUGGAGAGAAACCCUAUGGAUGUAAUCAGUGUGGUAAAGCCUUUUCACAACCUAGUGGUCUCCAUGUGCAUAAAAGAACACAUAUUGGAGAGAAACCCUACAAAUGUAAUCAGUGUGGUAAAGCCUUUUCUCAACCUAGUGGUUUCCAUGUGCAUAAAAGAACACAUACUGGAGAGAAACCCUACAAAUGUAAUCAGUGUGGGAAAGUCUUUUCACAACCCAGUAGUCUCAAAAAGCAUAAAAGAACACAUACUGGAGAGAAACCCUACAAAUGUAAUCAGUGUGGGAAAGCCUUUUCACAACCCAGUAGUCUCCAAAGGCAUAAAAGAACACAUACUGGAGAGAAACCUUACAAAUGUAAUGAGUAUGGUAAAGCCUUUUCACACCCCAGUACUCUCCAUGUGCAUAAAAGAACACAUACUGGAGAGAAACCCUACAAAUGCAAUCAGUGUGAUAAAGCCUUUUUAUACCCCGGUAGUCUCCAUGUGCAUAAAAGAACACAUACUGGAGAGAAACCCUAUGGAUGUAAUCAGUGUGGGAAAGCCUUUUCACACUACAGUAAUCUUCAGGUGCAUAAAAGAACACAUACUGGAGAGAAACCCUACGAAUGUAAUCAAUGUGAUAUAGCCUUUGCAAGUUGUAGUGGUCUCCAGAGGCAUAAAAGAAUUCAUACUUCAGAGAAACCCUAG